UUAUUUCAAAUGUCAUUUGACAGUUGUUCGUUUCCUUUUCAAUCAAAACAACCAAAAACAACGUUUAAAAGUAAAUAAAACAAGCAUUCGACACAUGUGGGACGUUGUUAAAGUUAUAAUUAUAUCAAUAAACAUUUAAAAGAAACCCCCUAAGAGAAACACUCAUAAUGUCGUUUAGUUUUGGUUCAAAUUCUGCACAACAAAAUACUCCUUUUGGAAGUGCCGCUAAACCAGCGUUUUCCUUCGGUAGCACUAAUACAGCGACAACAAGCACUGCUGGAUUCGGAGGUUUUGGAACUACUACUUCCUCGGCCGGAUUUGGUGCAUUUGGAUCUACUGCAACUAGUACAGCAGUGGCACCUUUUGGCACUCAACUAGGAACCACACCAGCCUCAAGUGCUCCAUCCUUAUUUGGGACAACUGCUUUUGGAAGUACUGCUGCAAAACCAACUACUGGUUUUGGUGCUAGUUUUGGGACCAACACAUUCGGUGCUGGUACAGCUUUUGGUACCGGUACAUCAACAUUUGGAAGUGCAGCCCCAACAUUUGGUACAAACACUUUGGGUGCAAACACAUUUGGCACUACACCUAAUCAAGGUUCCACCUUUGGUUCUACCUUUGGAACUAAACCAGCUACUUCGGGAUUUCUUGGUUUUGGUACUGGACUAGGUGCUACAAAUACAUUUGGACAACCACAGCAACAACAACAACAACAACAGCAGCAACAACAGCAAGGGCCGGCAACAGCACAUGAAGCGCUUAUUGCUGCGGUGUUCAACUGCAGUGUGUUUGGAGAUGAAAGAGAUCAAGUACUAGCCAAGUGGAACCUCUUGCAGGCACAAUGGGGUGUUGGUCAGGCGUAUUAUAACAAGAAUGCACCUGCAUUGGAAUUGAAUGAACAAAAUCCACUUUGUCGGUUUAAAGCUGUUGGAUAUUCUAGACUGGCAGGCAAAGAGGACAAGGAUGGCCAUGUCUCUAUGUUGUUUAAUAAAUCUGAUCAAGAAAUCAAGAAUAAUCAGCAAGCUUUUAUAACAAUGAUAUCCAAUAUACUUGGAAACAAACCGAACUUAGUUGUCAAUGUUGAAUCUAUAAAUACAGUCUCGGAGAACAAAACUCAGGUAGUGAUAUACGUAGUGGACAAGAACGCGGGCAACGGGCACAUAUCCGCGUCCGAGCUGUCGGCCUUCCUCAACAGUGGAAACGCGCGCUCCUCGCUGACGUCAUCGGGCUGCGGCGCCGUCACCCCCGCCACCAAGCCCACGCCCCUCAUGCUGGAACAGUACCUGCAGACUCCACCACCUGGUAUGGACUUACGACUAUGGAAGCAGGCGCAAGCUGAUAAUCCCGACCCCGAGAACUAUAUUCCAGUCCCUAUUGUUGGAUUUACUGAGUCAUCUGCGUGGGCGCAGUACCCUUGCUUGCAUAUAGUCCCUGCCACAUCAUAUGAAGUUCUGAGCAGCCAACAUGAUUAA